AUGUCGAACGUCUUCUUCUACGAACCCUACUAUGACUUCGACCGCCUCUUUGAAGAGGCCUUCGCUCGUCAUGCGCACGGCGGCCCCAGACACAAUCAACUCCAGCGUCGCAACGCAGCUGGCGAUGGAGCUGUCAGGUCUUUAAAGCCAAGGAUGGAUCUUCAUGAAGACGCCGAAAAGAAUCUCGUGACCGCCACCUUUGAAUUCCCUGGAGUAUCAAAGGAAAACGUCAGCAUUGACGUCCACAAUAACCGACUGAGCGUCUCAGCCGAGUUGAAGCAGGCGAGCGAAUUUGAGGAACAUGGCUAUGCUGUACGCGAACGCCAGUACGGGAAGUUCUCUCGCACUUUGCAAUUGCCUGCAGGGGUCAAGGAUAGCGAAAUUAAAGCUAACAUGGAGAACGGUGUUCUUACCAUUACGUUCCCCAAGACCGUCGCUGUUGACCAAGUGGGACCAAAGAAGAUCACUAUCUCCUAA